AUGGGAGAAUCUUUUAAAUAUCUAGGAAGAUUCUUUGAUUUUGAUACGUCCGACCACGAACACAAAUCUGAACUAAUGUUCCUCAUUGAUGAACUAAUGUCUGAUAUCAACCAUAAACCUCUACACCAAAAAAACAAACUUAUUCUAUAUAACCGCUACGUUCUAUCCAAAAUAUCCUGGCAUCUCACUGUUUCACCCCUGUCGAAAACCUUGGUAACGGAAACAAUCAAUUCUGUGAUUAAUCAAUACAUCAGAAAGUGGCUUGAAAUACCCAUUUCUGGAACAUUAAGUAAUAUUUAUCUAACCCAUAACAAAAUCAGUCUGGAUAUCCUCCCUGCAUCCGUCAAAAUUAUCCAAUGUCAAACUGUCCUACGCAACGCCUUAAAAACAUCCCCAAAUGAUUCCAUAAAGGAACUCUGGAAAUCAACUUUCAAUCACACUAAUAUUCAGUACGACAUAUAUAAUUCAACAAAGGAAGUCUCAAGGAUUUUCAUUCUGGACAAGAAGAUAAACUUUAACACCGUUUAA